AUGCCGCAAGGCGGUGUACGUAGAGCCAAAACACGACUGCGCUUCCCGAUGGUUUUGCGGCCGCCCCACGUUGAGCCCACGACUGUGGCGCCGGUGCUGAUGGACAAGGAAGGUGCUGGUCAUCACAUUCAUGGCGAGGUGUACCGCGUUGAUGGCAGCACUCUGGAAGCAUUGGAUAUCUUGGAAUGUGUUUCGAAAGGCUUCUACUAUAAGCGAAGCAUCCAGGUGUCCAUGGAGGAUGACCAGUUGCUGGAUUGUAUGGCGUAUUUCUUCCCCGCAAGUGAGGCGCUUUUGGCGCUGGACAUGUUUGCUGACUACACGGAGGCGCAUCACAUGUCCUAUCGCCCCGCGCCCCACAAUGACAAGAUCAGAGAGCUUUGUUCUGGCUCCCAUGGGCUGCGGACUUUGGAGGCCGUUUCCGCGAUGGUUCACUGCCUGCGGCUUCUGCCAGGGGAGGACAUCUUGAGGUCCCUGCAGAGUUUUGCGAAUGGCAUGCAGGCCGCGUGUGUUGUGAGCUGUGUCGGCAGCACAGGUUUAACAACUCUGAGACCUGCCGGCGUUCCGACUCCCCGGGUCUUUUCGGAAAAGUAUGAAAUCGUGUCUUUGACCGGUACAGUCAGUACCCACGGCCAUCAUCUGCACAUGUCGAUCAGCGAUGCUGACUGCCAUGUGUACGGAGGCCAUAUGAUGCCUGGAUGCAUCGUGAGAACUACAGUGGAAGUCGUUCUUGCUGAGCUGCCAGGCGUCAGGUUCACGAGGCCGCUGGAUGAGCGAACUGGCUACGAUGAGCCGCAGCCCCACCAGCUGACAAGGAGCGUUUACCUGGCGGUUUUCUUUGACCUGAUGGGGAUGAGCAUGGUGAUGCCGCUUGUACCUUUCCUCGCCGUAAAGAUGGAGGCAACGCCCUUUGAAAUUGGUUUGAUGCAGUCUCUCUUCAGUGCCUUUCAGGCACUUGGCACCAUCAUCCUCGGCUCCUUGUCAGAUAUUUUGGGCAAGAGGAGGAUUCUGCUCCUCAGCUUGUUCAACUCCUCCGUGUGCUUGCUGCUCUUUGGUUUGGCGGAAACUAUGCCGCAGCUGCUGCUCUUCAGAGCCUUGCACGGCUUCUUUGCUGGAACCGUCAACAUUUGCCAAUCUAUCGUGGCCGAUGUCUCCACCCCGGAGGAGAGGGUCGAAAAGAUGUCGAAGACGCUGGCCGCAGUGGGGGCUGGUGCUGUGCUGGGGCCCGGCGUGGCUUCGCUGCUUGCCCGUCAUGGCCCGCUGGCAGUGUGCGGAUCAGCUUCGGUGGCCACCUUCCUGAACUUCUGCGUGGCCGUCAUCCAGGUCCCUGACACCCGGCACUUUGUCGAAACUGAUUCAGGCCUACUGGAGCCAGAGGUGGCGCAGAACAGAUUCGUGGCUGGCGUCCGGUCUCUACGCAAGAACUUCCAGCUUCUCUUUGCAGAUCCGCGCUAUCCCUUGGUGUUUUAUGUGAACUUCAUACAGUUUGCCGUCUUCGGCGUGUUCCUGGCCAUUUCCCCCUUGGCCUUCUUGGACUUCUAUGAUGUGGACGCUGUACACCUGGGCCGCUUGCUGUGCUUGUCCGGGCUGACGAUGGUGCUCUUCCAGGGGUUGAUGGCUGCCAAGAUUGUGGCGAAGAUUGGAAGGCCGCUGAGCAUUGUCAUCGGCAACUCCAUGCGUGUCUUUGUCUUUUGCCUGGUAGCUGGCUGGCGGAAUCCCUGGGUUCCAGUCGACUCAUGCGUUAUCAACACUAUGGCUGGUGGCUUUAUCGACAACUGCCUAUCAGCCAUCGCCAGUGAAGCAGCCCCAAAGGAGCUGACGGGGCUUUUCAUGGGUGUCUUCCAGGCCGGGCAGUCGGUAGCACUGUUCCUGUCCCCUCAACUUGGCGGCUACCUCUACGGCAUUUCGAAGACAUCGCCGUUUUGGCUGAACGUUGCGAUGCUGGCUUGCGCCUACCCUGCCAUUGCAAGUCUAUGGCUUCACAGUGCCGGCAAAAAGGUGGGCACGGAAUCUCCAACCAGCCAGGCCUAG